AGAAAACGACGGCCGCGACUCGCGCGUAUACGAACCCGCGGAGCCGAGAAUCGGCGAACCGAGAACCGAACGCGGCGAACCGCUCACCGAUUCCAAAGUCCGCCGACAGUCAGGCAGGUUCAGUUGUCUCCGAACCCCCGAACUGUUCGGACGCGUUUUUCCAGAAGUAGUUUUUCGUCCCGCGCUCGCGAACACGCUCCCCGCACGACCCCCGCAAUCUCGUCUUUGACACACGCCACCGUUGAAGUGCCUCGAGAAUUCGAUUCGACCGAAGAUCCGAAUCGGAUCGAUUCGCGAGACAAUUCAUUCGUUCAACGUUCACGAGAACGGGGCUAGCCACGGCUGUCAACGUAGGGUUUCCUACCCUCUGCUGCGUCGAUAGAACAACCCCUCGCGAGAACCAACCACCUGUCUCUCUGUCCACCGAGACGAAGGGGAACACGAGAUCGUCGCUGAUUCGAACGAUCGAUCUGCUAAGACGUAGCCGACACGUAAAAUGGUUGCAUCGCAAAAUGACGGUGGCAGAAGUAUGGGCGGCGGCGGCGGUGGUGACGGCGGUGGUGGCGGCGGCGAUGACACAGUUUACACGGUGACCGUGAGCGGGGUCGGUUACAGGAACGAGGGCUACAAGGACGACGGCACCGACGGCAUACCGCCGGAGCCGCAGAAGCCGCCGCAGCUUCCGGUGGCCGACGACGACACGCAAUCGCGGAAAUUCAAGUUGUCGCGCGGCGAGAAAUGGCGUAUCCUAAAGAACAUCGGCACCGUCUCGAUCGCCUUCAUGGUGCAGUUCACCGCGUUCCAGGGCACGGCGAAUCUGCAGUCGUCGAUCAACGCCAGCGACGGCCUUGGUACCGUCUCGCUCUCGGCCAUCUACGCCGCCCUGGUGCUCUCGUGCAUCUUCGUGCCCACUUUCCUCAUCAAGAGACUCACCGUCAAGUGGACCCUCUGCGUGUCUAUGCUGUGCUACGCGCCGUACAUCGGCUCGCAGUUUUAUCCCAAAUUCUACACGCUGGUGCCUGCUGGAGUACUUCUGGGUCUCGGCGCCGCGCCUAUGUGGGCCGCUAAGGCCACGUAUCUAACACAGGUCGGCGGCGUCUAUGCCAAGAUCACCGACCAACCAGUCGACGCCAUCGUCGUACGGUUCUUCGGCUUCUUCUUCCUGGCGUGGCAGACGGCCGAGCUCUGGGGCAACCUUAUCUCUUCGCUCGUAUUGAGCGAUAGCGGCUCAAAAACUGACGACGGCAACAGCACGAUCAACAGCUGGGACAAAAUCAAGUUGUGCGGCGCGGAUUUCUGCGUCCUUGGCAACGGAGGCCACGAGAACCUGGAGCGACCACCGGAAUCGGAGAUCUACGAGAUCUCCGCUAUCUACCUCACGUGCGUCAUCAUCGCGGUGAUCAUCGUCGCUCUGUUCGUCGAUCCUCUCUCCAGGUAUGGCGAGAAGCAACGACGAGCGGACAGCCAAGAAUUGAGCGGCAUCCAAUUGCUCUCUGCUACGGCUUACCAGCUGAAGAAGCCUUACCAGCAACUGCUGAUACCCAUCACGAUAUGGAUCGGCAUGGAGCAGGCUUUCAUCGGCGCCGAUUUCACGCAGGCAUACAUCUCUUGCGCCCUGGGUGUCCACAGGGUCGGCUACGUCAUGAUCUGCUUCGGGGUGGUCAAUGCCGGCUGCUCUUUGUUAUUUGGCUCGAUAAUGAAAUUUGUCGGCAGACAGCCACUGAUGGCGUUGGGCGCCAUCGUUCACGCCUCUCUUGUGGUCGUCCUCCUCAUGUGGAAACCACAUCCUGAAAAUCCCUAUGUCUUUUUCUCGGUCUCAGGAUUGUGGGGUGUGGGCGAUGCCGUGUGGCAGACGCAGGUUAACGGACUGUACGGCACGCUGUUUAGGCGUAACAAAGAAGCAGCCUUUUCGAACUACAGACUGUGGGAGAGCGCCGGCUUCGUGAUCGCCUAUGCCUACAGCACGCACCUCUGCGCCCGUAUGAAGCUGUACGUGAUGCUGACGGUACUGAUCACCGGCACCUCGGGCUACAUCGUCGUCGAACUGCUGCACAGACGCAAGCAACGGCGGCUCAAAGCGCUCGCCGAGGACCCGAAGGCUGCCCAGGCGGCCGCCGAGGCAAAUCAGCCGGAGGAAACCGACGACGAGAAGGACGAUCUCGACGACGAGAUCAUCAUCACGCAUCUGUGAGCGACGAUCGGCGUAGUCGACGUAGUCGUUCCUUCUUAAAAGUCCUCGCUUCCGCGUCGCUUUCUCGUCUCGUCGACGGGGGAAUCGAGACGACGGCCGGAAGAUCCAAUCGAUCGAUUUCGCGAUAGUACCUUUUUUUCCUCCGCUGUGUCCGCCAAGAUCUUCCGUCUGUCAUCCCCUCGUUUUCACUCAUCAGUCCUUCUAUCCUGAGAUAGAAUCGCGCCGAGAUACAUGAGCAGUCGCGGCACUCUUCCCCGGUCGACGACGCAGGCGAGGAAAGUGUGUUCCCGGCGGCAGAUCGACGCUGCCUCCGGAAUGACGUGGAAUCGCGUUUGGUCACGAGGGAUCAAGGUUGAAGCGCGACCUCAAGAAGACGAUGGGUAUGCCUGCGACUUCCACGAUGAAGUGGAGAUGCCGGGCGCCGACUUCAUCUUGCGGACGCCUUUCUUCAAGGUAACGCCGAGUGUAAUGCGUCUCUCCAGGCUGAAAUCUGGAUUCCACCUCUCUCAACGGAACCAGAAUGAGUCGGUGAUGGAUAAGUAAUCAUACACUUAUCAAUACUUGAUGAUGCUAAGGAAUGCGUGGCGAUGUAAAAAUUGUAAAAUUCGCUCUCGUGCUACUAGGAACGUGGAAUUUCCACCGUCGUUACUCGAAACUGUCAAAUCAACGCUAUGAUGAGAAAUUACCCUGAUUCUCCAUUCGCGUUCUUACAAUUAAUAUGAGACCUCAUCAUCGCGUUCAUAGCGGUUACGAAAAUAACGCGCGGCACGGAGGCAAAAAAGUGCAUUUUGUUAUGCGUAGUUCUUAUGCAAGACGCGUAUUUAAAAAAAAAAAUAUGGCACAACCAUAUAAUUAUUCAGUUUGUAUCACAUAUUUAUAGUGUACCGAAAUAUCCCGGCGAUUGCCGCCAUCGCAUAUCGAGAAAAAGAAUCAAAGAAUGUCAGAAGCAUUUUUGCUUUUUCUGUAGAAUUAUUACAUUUUAGAAGAAACAUUAAAUGUUUCCAUGCAUUUUUUUUCAAUCCCGUGAUUUUAUUAAAUAAUAAGAAAAAUUUGCUAUUCUAUUAGGCUCUUAAAUCUUUUAUGCGACAAUUGUGCCGUUAAUAUGAAGAAAUACAUUCCGAUCCCGGUUUCGUCAAUGUAAUAAUUUUUAUAAAUCGACACAAAUUUUUUCGUUAAAAAUAUAUAGUCGAUUAUAAUUUGUAAAGAAUACUAUAUGAAAACGCAUAUGAGAUACAUAUGUAGUUUGUAACUACAUAUAAUGAGACGAGUUUCAACAAAAAUUGAUCAUAUUUAUUCGAGGAUAAUAUACUAUUUUUCUUUGAAUUUAUAAUACUCUAUCCUUUAAAAAAAAGAGAGACAAUCGUCACUGUGAAAACAAUCAUCAUACAUCGAGAAACGGCAUUCUUGAUCGAGGAAUGUCGUUAUCGGUCACGUUGGCAAUCGGGAGCUCCUCGCCUUUCUUUUCUUGCGAGAGAAGCACGUGAGAUAUCAAUGUGGGUCUACAAUGUGAAAACAGUAUUUUUCCUGUCAGGAACAAGUCAUACAAAAAGGAAUAGAUAGAGAUUCAUUCUUCGUGGAACUAAGUUUCUAAUCCUCAAAUUUCGUGACUUAUCUACUUAUGUACAUUCUAUUUCCCUGUCCUUAACUUUUUGUUUUAAUUGAACAGGAUUUAUAAAGCUCUUUCAUCAUACGAAGCAAGUUUCUUCUUAUUUCAUAUUCAUUGAACCGCAUCGUCGCGAUUGAAAAUUUCGAAGAAUGAAACUCGGUCGAUUUCCUAGGUACGACCUACUUCCUGCGGGAAUCUUAUCGCGCGCGUCGCUUUUUUUUUAUAUAGACCAGGCAGAAAAGGCGCAAGAACCAUAUCAAGUUACUAUAAACACCGUAAAACCGCUUGAAUGCAUUAUUCCGUCCUGUCGCAAUCUGUACACGGUAGCUCAAGAGUCUACGACGUAAGUUUUAGGAUAUGGACGCAGUUCUGCAAGCGAGAUCUGUUCUUGCGAGUCGUCUCGUGUUGAUAGAACGCCCGAUCUCUUCGACUAAAAUUGAAAGCGCGGGGCUGUAAAACGUAGAUUCAUUUCGUCGAUUCUGUUUGCGUGCGGAGGAAAGGAUUACGGAGAUUGCAUUAUGCAGCGCGACGUGUAUGCUUUAUUAUCCGCCGAAAGAGAUGAUCGGUACGUGAGAAUAUGAAAAACUCGCGACUGCAAGUUUCGCAGAAAUUAUGAAUGUCCUCUGUAAAUAUUUCGAUUAAUACUCCGAUUUACUUCCUUCCGAGAAUCCCGCUGCGUAAUUAUGACGAACGAAGGAGAUCGGGAGAAAGUUCACUGUCGCUGAGAAUAAGUUUCCUUUUGCUAGAAUCUGAAUCUGUUGAAUCGUAAAAUUGACAGGCUACAUCAAAAUUUAUCAAAAAUAAAACUUGAUUGCAUGGCAUAUCAUCAAUUAGCGUUGAUAACAUUAAAAUUGAAGUAAAUUAACAUUGAUUUUGAUAUUUCUUGAAAUUAAUUAAUCGGAACCAUAAAGAGUUAAAAAAAAGUAAACGUGUGUGCCACGUGUUACCAUCUAAAAGAAAAGUUUGUCCUCGCUCGUUUAUCUAAAACAUCUCACGAGACUUUUAUAAAAUAUAUGCUAUAGGGACUGUUUUAUUAUCAGAACCGUCGUAUGUAAAAUCAAGUAUGUAUUUCAGGCUUGGCCCAUUUCUGAUAAUUAUCGCGCGGACCAACGGAUUAUUUGCGUGCGCGCUAUUCUUAUCUGGCGCUUAUCGGCCUUGCACGGCUCCGUCCAUCGCGUAUUUGCUCCACGUGCUCCCGGAGCCACGCGAUAAACCGGGCGCACGACUCCAGUCGCGUUUCCACAAACGAUCGCGAACGAGCGAGCCGACUACUUUUUUUUUCCGCGGCGACCAGUACCGGGACGGGCAUGAAGCCGGGGACAGGAAACUCGCGGGAAUCCUGUCCCCUUGGACGGGAUAUUCAAGCCUCGGUGAUACCGGCCGCCUAUUUAUAUACACGCGCGGUACCAAUCCAUCCGAUUGACACCGCGCCGGCCAGUUCCCCCAAAUGAGAGCCGCGCCGUGUCCGCGUCUCGUUUCCGUUUUAUUAUUCAUCCAGAUUCUCCAUGCUCGUGUGCCGACGCGGCAAGAACCCGUCCCGCCGGCGCGGCACGGUAUCGCGAUUAUCUUCUGCGCGCGAUCGGCGCCGCCCGACGUCUCGGCUCUCGCGAGGAGAGCCCCGUAAUGACGGCGCCGAGAACGGAACGCGCCGCGUAAGUAACGGCCGCUCGCUUUGCUCGUUUUUGCCAGCUGGAUUUUACGCGCCUCCACCUUCUUUCAUCUCGUCUUCUUUCUCUCUCUCUGCCUUCUUCUUUCGCCUCGUCACCUUGGCGCCGCGGAAAGUAUCACGCUCCUCGGCGGGGUCGCGCUUUUAAUUCCGCGCUAUGUUACGUCCCGCCCUUUCCCCAUCACGGCGAAUUCCUACCGCGGCGUUCUGAAAAGUGGAAUAAACGCGAACGGCGACAAGAUGAUUCGGAGACGAUUAAUCGCGCGGGACGAAACGACGACGGCCGAUCACAGUUAAAUCUCCUUUCUUUUUUUCCUUCGCGUAUCUUGCAUUCUUCCGCACGUGCGCGCGCGCUACGCUUGAAGUGAAAUGACACGAUCAUUGAACGUAAGAAACGGCGUCUUAUUCAUCACAUUUGAGAAUUGACAAGGUGAACGUUCUGGUACAUUUUUUUAAAUUUAAUUUAAAAAUAUAUUGCGAGUUUUAGAAAAUAAAAUUUUUUCACAGACGCAUGCAAGUUUCGGAUAAAUUUAACGAUCCAGAACAUUUGUCUUUGACAUCUGUCUAAGAAAUAAUACGUUCUAUCAUGCACAUCGACGACACAUCCAUGUACAUUGUAUGUAUAUGCAUUAUUAUAGGAUAUCUGGUUUCGUAAUCACAUCAAGAAUGAAUGUAUCAUUCUAACUGCUCUUAUUUCCUUCUUUGUUGUACCGCGAACAUUGUAGAUUUAAGUGACUCGAGUAGCUCGUGAUGUAGUAGCGGCAGAUGAAUGGGAUUAGUGGGAUUCGAAUCGCUGAAACCAACGAAAGUACAGAUAAAUUUUUAUCGAAGAAGAAUUGCCUGACUCGCGAAAUUCGAUUCGUCUGAUUCACCCGCGGUUACUAUGCGUAUUAAUAUUGCAAUUAAAUAAAUAGCUUUACGGCACACGAAACAUAAAAUGUAUGCGAGCGAACGAGAUGGAGAGAUUGAAGAUCGAGAAGAGGGGCCCAACGUGCUCCUCGGAUUAUCUGUGUAGUUCUCGAAGCAGCAUCCAGUUUUUAAUUCGCUAAACUUUUAAAGGGAUUUUACAAAUUACAAAACUUGCAUCUCGAACGCGUCAAGAAGAAGACAUGGUUUAACGGGGACCACGAUCUAACAUAUAUAUUCUAAGCCUGCGAGAUUAGACUUCCUAGAUUUUACUGAGAAGUACAUUUAGAGAAAGAUAUAUGUAUAUACAUAUAUAUCUGUUUAGAUCUGCGGAGAGAAAAGAUUUCAUCGGUUCGGGCCAACCAUACGGGGACCAUUCCGGUUUUACGUUCUUUUUGCUCUUGUUUGAGAUUUGUAAAUAUACAAUUAGUAUUAAUCGUUAGACAUAUAAUUGCGCAAACGGAAAGAGCAACUGGAGCGUCGCUUCACAUAUCGAGCAAGUCUUUUGAACAUUUUGUUUUCUGUUAUUUAACUACGUUUUUAUUUAACUACGUUCAUGCACGUCGAAGAAGCGUAAUCCCAGGUAUACAUAUAUUGUUACUACACAUACUCCUCUUUCCCUUUCAAGACUAUUAAAUCCAUUCUUUUUUACGCUCGCUCUACGAUUAUUCUCUUAUGUCUCCUCAGAGCACGUGAGUAUGUACUUGUCUUGUUUUAAGUAGGAAAACGCACGGAGGAGCGACAAAGGAGAAGGAUUUAUUCGCUUGAAUAUCCGUCACUUUUUGGACACGCAUGAACGCGGUUGUUGCAUAUAUCCUUAGAUGAGCUAAGGGGAUCCAGCGUAUCUGCUAAGUUUGUUGUUUUAAUCGAUAAAAGAAAUCGUGCGCCGAUUGUUAUUGAUGCGGCCGAUAAAUUGUACAGUAUAUAUUAUUAUAUGUUCACUUCCUUAUUAUAUUACUAUUGCAUUUGAUUGUUAUCGUACAUUAUGAUGACACGUUGAUCAUAGUUACAAUCAUUAAUUGUUACAUCGUCAGAUUAUUGCUAUAGUUAAUAAUAUAUUAUUAUAAUAUCAUUGUGUCCGACACGUAAUGUUAUGUAACGAUAAGGAUCAUUUUAUUAAAAUUGUCAAUUAAGAUAUAA